AAACAAUCACUUCCUUCUUAUUUGUCGACUAUGCAUUGCGACUAAAGUUCCCUGGAGUAUACAAGCAACAAUGACCACAAUGAUAGACCCAACUCAACCUCACAAACACGUAUCUCCAAGAACAGAAUUGACUAUCCCUCGCCUGCAUCUCGCACCAUCCUUUGUCAUUUCGUGCGGGACCAUCACUCUCGAUAUCGAAAAUCGAAAAAUCCUGCUCAUCCGAUGGCUCACUACAAACGAAAUCCUCUUCGCAAAGGGUCGAAAAGACAUCGGUGCUACGCUCGAAGCCACCGCUGUACGCGAGACGUACGAAGAGACUGGUCUUCGAGCGACAUUACUACCUACAUCGGCGCCUACGCGGCAGACAUGGUCUCGAGAACACCGAGCACGGGUAGGAAAUGCUGAAGACAAAUCGUUAUCAACGACAACAUCAGCUGGUGAUGUAGACCCCGCUCAGCUUCACACCGAAGCUAUUGCCGUACAUCAGAGGAUCACGUCAGAAGGUGUACUCAAAAUCAUUUUCUGGUAUAUUGCUGAAGGCGACUCGACGGCUAUCCCCGACGAGGAUACGAAGGAAGCCGACGAGGAUUUUGAAAAUAUCUGGGCAGAUUGGGAUGCUAUCGAUAGUACGCUGACUUUUGAAGACGAUCGCGUGCUGGCCAAAUAUGCCCUGAAUGUUGUCGCAACCAGGGUUUGAUGAUUGAUUUUGGUCCUUUCAUCAUGUUGCAUAGGGUCGAGAUCGAACUAUCGAGCAUACUUGUGAUCGCAAGUUGUGAAGCCAUCUCACAGUCUCUGCUCUCCUGGAUCAAACCAUGUAGUGCUCACGUUCCUACCUACCUAGGUAGUUACUAGGUAGAGAGGCAUUAUUGCAUCUUAUUCUUCCCCCAC